ACGUUUUCUUCUAUAUAAACUAUUGUCAUGAGAUGGCACAUAAUAAAUAAUUAUAAAACAACAGUAAUUUGCUUGGAAGUUUAGGUAAAUAUUCUAAAUGUCCCAUUGAUGCUAAAUGUUUGCUUUAUCUCACAAGUUUGAGCAUUCCCGUAUCGUCUGCUGCCACUCUGCAAUUAAGUACGUUUAAUUUUGGAUCGAAAGUUUGGUAAGAAAGAAAAGGUGAGAUGUCUGGGAUGUGGAGAAAUUUCUCUUCGUUUGUAAGAGGACAUGCCACAACUGCUGUCGGUGUGACAGCAUUAGAAAAAUCUGGGCAUACAGUUGGAGUAACUGAGCUACAAACUGCCAUUAAGAAGAUCAUUCCUCCACUGAACAACAGUCUUCACAAAGGGCAGAUUGGACGUAUAGGAAUCAUCGGAGGCUGCCAAGAAUAUACAGGUGCACCAUAUUUUGCAGCAAUCUCAGCAUUAAAAGUGGGUGCAGACUUGUCUCAUGUCUUUUGUACAAAAGAUGCUGCACCAGUUAUCAAAUCUUACAGCCCAGAACUAAUUGUUCAUCCAAUCUUGGAUCACCCAUCAGCUUUGACAGAGUUUGACAAAUGGUUACCAAGGAUACAUACACUGGUCAUCGGACCUGGCCUAGGACGAGACCCUAAAAUUUUAGAGACAGUCUCUGCAGUGAUCUUGAAUUCUAAGGCAAGAGGAAUUCCACUAGUAAUAGAUGCAGAUGGUCUCUUUCUAAUAACUGAGUCCCCAGAUUUGAUUACAAACUACCAGAACACUGUUCUAACACCAAACAUCAUAGAAUUUCAGCGUUUGUUUGAAAAAAUGGCUGGGGACAAACCUGAAAACAGUGAUGAGAUAUCAGAUGUGAAGAUACUUGCACAGCAUCUUGGAAAUGUUACUAUCCUCCGAAAAGGGAGAGAGGACAUUAUCUCUGAUGGAAACUCUGUCAUAAAGUGCAAUACAGAAGGCAGUCCUCGGCGAUGUGGUGGCCAAGGUGACUUGCUAUCAGGUGCUACUGGUAUCUUUUUUAACUGGACUCUUAGCUUCAACAACCACAAGAAAGAGUCUGCUACAGAAGCGUCAGAAAUCCAGCUUGGUAAAGGUGUGAUUGCUGGCUUCAUGGCAAGCCGACUUACAAGAGAGUGCAGCCGUUUGGCAUUUGCUGUUCAUGGUCGGUCUAUGACUACCACGGAAAUGAUUGCCAAUAUCCACACAGCAUUUGAAGGGGUUUUAUGCAGCUAGAAAAAGCAAACAAUUGGUGAAGAAGGGGCAGGCGAGAGCAAGAGCAAUGACAAUCUUAUGAUCGUCUGAGCUACAUAGAAUGACUUUACCAGCUGUUUUGCCAAAGCUUAUAUAUAUGUAUGCUGCUUCACCAUCAUUAGUGAAAUUGUGUUAAACUUCUUGAUUUUGUAGAUGGAAAAUCAAACUUUUCAUUUACAUCUAUAAAGUAUUGUGAGAAAAUGGCAAUACACUAUGAUUCAGAACAUAGGAGAAAAUCUUACAAAUUUCUUUUGUUAGUUAUUUAUAUCUGUUUCAAAGCCAUUUAGUGUUUCCUAAAAAGUGUUUCCUUUUUAAAGACGAAAAUAGUUUGAAGUCAGCAUUAAUGGUAAGGCAAGGUGAGUGUAUAAUAAAAAGUAACAAGAUGAUGACUGUAUGUAUUACCAACCAAAAAAUUAUGCUUGUCCUCAUUCUUUCUUCAGACUGCAGAAAUUAUCACUAAUCCAUGUUUCAGAUGUAAACCAUUGAGUUUAUAAAAAAUCAACUGAUCUACCUUAAUUUACCUAGUGCUACAUAUUACUUUUAUGUUAUAUUUAAUAUCAUUAUAUACUGGAGUCAAGAGUGUUUGCUGGAGCAUCGAGUUGAUCAGUUUAAGAGACAAAGAUAUUUUUUUAUUUUCAUGCAGUUUAUAUUUAUAGCAGCAGUCAACCCCGUUUUAUCUAUGAAAAUUAUGUUUUUCUUAUAUUUGUAUAUAGCUUUGUGCUAUUUCUCCGAAAAUGUGUAUCAAUAAACUGAUAAUACUGUU